AUGCCUUCUUUCACCUCCAAGACUCUUCUCGCCGCUGUUGCCGGCGCCAUGGGCGUUGCUGCCCACGGUCACGUUUCCUCCAUCAACGUUGCUGGCGCCGUCUACGACGGUUUCGAUGCUAGCUCUGCUCCUUACGACCAGAACCCCAAGACCCUUAUCGCUUGGUCCACCACCGCUUCCGACAACGGUUUCGUCGCCCCUGAUGCCUUCAGCACCGGCGACAUCAUCUGCCACCGCGAUGCUAAGAACGCCAAGGGUCACGCCAAGGUCAAGGCUGGUGAUCAGAUCUAUAUCAAGUGGGAUACCUGGCCAGAGAGCCACAAGGGCCCCGUCAUUGACAUGUUGGCCUCUUGCGGUUCUGCCGGUUGUGAGUCCGUCGACAAGGAGACCCUCAAGUUCUUCAAGAUCGACGAGGCUGGUCUUGUCAAGUCCGGUAACCCCGGCACUUAUGCUUCUGACGAGCUGAUUGCCAACGACAACGGCUGGCUCAUCGAGAUCCCUGAGAACAUCAAGCCCGGUUCUUACGUUCUCCGUCACGAGAUCAUUGCUCUCCACGCCGCUGGCCAGGAGAACGGUGCUCAGAACUACCCUCAGUGCUUCAACCUCGAGAUCUCCGGCUCCGGCUCCGAGCUCCCUGAGGGUACCCUCGGAACUGAGCUGUACAAGUCCACCGAGAAGGGCAUCGUCUUCGAUCUCUACAACAGCCCUACCAGCUACCCCAUCCCUGGCCCUGCCAUGACCAUCAAGUCUCCCAAGGUUACUCAAGGCAAGCUCGCUGAGAAGUCCAAGGGCACCCCCACUACUGGCUCUGGUUCUGGUUCCGACUCUGGCUCUGCCGCUCCCGAGACUCCCGCUCAGACUGAGGCUCCUGCCGCCGGUACCUCCGCUGCCGCCCCUGUUGCUACUUCUGCUGCCGCCGAGGAGCCUUCUGCCCCCGUUGAGACCUCCCCUGCUGCCCAGGAGCCUGCCACUCCUGUCCAGACCGAGGCUCCUGCCGCUACUAAGCCCGCCAAGACUGGCUGCAAGGCCAAGCGUGGCAUGAAGGCCCGCCGUCACGCUCGUGACCUCAUGAACUAA